AUGGCUUCGUUAUUCAAGGAUCCGGCAAAGCUCUCGGCGUACCGAGACAGAAGGUUCCCUGGAAAUCAAGAAGAGUUUGAGCAUGCUCUGAUAACUUCAUCAACCGUUUAUGUUGGGAACAUGUCGUUUUACACUACUGAAGAGCAAAUUUAUGAACUGUUUUCUCGUGCUGGUGAAAUCAAAAAGAUUAUCAUGGGUUUGGAUAAGAAUACCAAAACUCCUUGCGGUUUUUGCUUCGUUUUAUAUUACUCUCGUGAAGAUACUGAGGAUGCUUGCAAAUAUAUAAGUGGGACGAUACUGGAUGAUCGCCCUAUUCGUGUUGAUUUUGACUGGGGAUUCCAGGAUGGGAGACAAUGGGGUCGUGGUCGGAGUGGUGGCCAGGUGCGUGAUGAAUAUCGCACUGAUUAUGAUCCAGGUAGGGGUGGAUAUGGGAAGUUGGUUCAGAAAGAGUUAGAAGUACAAAGGCAGCUUGUAGAUUACGGCACUGGUUCUUUGGGAUCUUUUCCACCAGUUAUUCCUUCUUAUGGUAGACAUGGUGGUGGUCAUGGUCAUGGUCAUGGUAGUGGCCAUCGGCAUGGUAGAGACUACCACCAUAGGAAGAGAUACAGAGACGAUGACCGUCACACACACGAGCCCUCAAAAAGAACAUCAGAUCAUGAAACUCGGAGGAACUCUGACCAUGAAUCUAGACCGGAAAAAAAUCCACGAUUUCGGGAGAGUGGUGAUUCUGAUGAUGAGGAAGAAGAUGAUAGAAAAAGACGGGGUUAA